AUGUUAUCUGGAAUCAAAGCAGGGAAGCGAAAGCGCAAGGCCAACAAGGGAUCUGCUCCUGCAAGUGGUACUACAGCACAAGCAGCUCCUUCUUCGUCGUCGUCGACAACCGCAGAGAGCAAUCAAUCCGUGGCAGAUCAGUUGCGUCAAAGUCUCUUGGCCGGCAUCAGCCCACCUCCCACAGCUACGUCAUCAUUGUCUACUACAACGGAACUUCCUCAUGAACGACUUGCCAAGAGUGGUCGCAUUCAAGCAGCAUCCGCCAAGAAGAAAGACAAUGAUGGUGCUACUGCCAUUUUGUCCAUGCCACCAGCAGCUGCGAUGAUGAGUGUCGACGAAGAAAUGGCCCGCAAUGUGGUUCGUCUGGGUAAAAAGCGUCGUCAAAAAAUGAAUUCCACCGGCAUGGAUAGCGACGACGAAGAACAACGACUCGUCAGUUUGAUGAUUCCAGACGAAACCACAAAACUCACCAAAUCGGCCGCCAAACAAGAAAAAAUGGAUCACAAAGCGGCACAACGAGCGACAUCCCGACAAUUGGCACAGUUGGAUCGACAAGAUCAAAUGACGGCGCAUUGUUGGUGGUGGCUGGAAUCGUCGCGAUUUGCCAAACAUCGAUUGAUUGCCCUGGGAAAUCACGUGUCACUCGUCAUGGCGCCGUUGAACAAAUCCAUAAAAGAAGGCCGUCAUUUUUAUCUGGUCCCCAUUCAGCAUGCCGAAUCGCUGGCAGGGUGUGACGAAGAAGUAUGGGAGGAACUACAACGAUUCCAACAAGCGCUUCGACAAGUAUUUGACAAGGAGUACAACUGCGGCGUCAUUUUUAGUGAAACCGUCUUGACGUCCAACAAAUUCUCGCAAACGCGCAUGGAAGUCAUUCCCCUCAAACGCAAAAAAUGGCUCGAUGCCGAAUUGUUUUUACGACAAGCAUUGACCGAACAACUGGACGAUGUGCAUGGGACACACAACAAAUUGCUGUCGACCAAGGGAAAGGGACUGCGACGGACCGUACCCAAACAAAUGGCAUACUGUUACGUCGAAUGGGAUACCAACUCGAAUGGAUUGGCCAUCAUUUUGGAACAACAGCAAGGACAACAAUUUCCACCCGAUUUUGCCGCCGAUACCAUUGCCGGAAUGACGGGAGCGGAUCCAGUACGCUUUCAACGCAACAAGAAAUUCACACCCGAACAAGAACGAGACCUGGUCGUCGCCUUUUGUCAAAAAUGGAAACCCUACGAUUGGACGGAUCAGUUGGAGUAA